GCCCCUCCCCUCUCGGCGCCCAGGCCAGCCGAGGCGGGGCAAACCUCUGCCCUGUUGCGAAGGGGUGACUCACGGCUGCUGCCCCUUUUCACUUUGCUCUCUCUUGGCUCCUUCCUCGCACCACGUGCCCUCCUGGCCGCUCCCCCUGCUGCCUUUCCAACUGCCUGUUGGAAGUUGCUGUAAAAUGUCGUGAGAGGCGCUGCCGCUUUACGGCUGCCUCUCCCAGGCUAGAGCCCGGGAGCGCCCACCGCCGUCAGCCCUGUCUCGUAGAGUCGCCUGGGCGCAGACGGAGAGACCCGGCGCGCCGCUCCCCUCCCCGCCGCGCCCGUGCCGGCCGCCGGCGAUGUGAGCUCGAGGACGCUGCGGUGCCCCCUGGCCCGGGGUUGAGACGGGCAGCAGGUGCCUGUGAGGCGGGAGGGUGCUGGGGGCCUGCAGGAUGGAGGAAAGCAUGGAAGAGGAGGAGUGGGGCAGCUACGUGGCGAUGAUGGACGACCAGAACCACAACAACUGGGAGGCCGCGGUGGACGGCUUCCGGCAGCCCCAGCCGCCGCCGCAACCGCCCCCCUCGUCGAUCCCAGCCCCUGCGCGAGAGCCGCCAGGGGGGCAGCUGCUGGCGGUGCCCGCGGCCUCGGUGGACAGGAAAGGCCCCAAGGAGGGGCUCUCGAUGGGGCCGCCGCCACCGCCGGAGCCCAAUGGGGUGAUCAUGAUGUUGAAGAGCUGCGACACGGCCGCCACCGUGGUCAAGGCGGCCCCCGCCCCCACCCCCAGCUCCACCAUCAACAUCAACACCUCCACCUCCAAGUUCUUAAUGAAUGUUAUAACUAUUGAAGAUUAUAAGAGUACUUACUGGCCAAAAUUGGAUGGUGCCAUAGAUCAGCUUUUAACCCAGAGUCCUGGUGACUAUAUCCCUAUAUCCUAUGAACAGAUAUACAGCUGUGUGUAUAAAUGUGUCUGCCAGCAGCACUCAGAACAGAUGUACAGUGAUCUGAUUAAAAAGAUAACUAAUCACCUAGAGAGAGUCUCGAAGGAGCUGCAGGCCAGCCCUCCAGAUCUCUAUAUUGAAAGAUUUAAUGUAGCUCUUGGACAGUAUAUGGGAGCCUUGCAGAGCAUUGUGCCUCUUUUCAUAUAUAUGAAUAAGUUUUACAUCGAAACCAAGCUUAACAGAGACCUAAAAGAUGACCUUAUAAAGCUGUUUACGGAACAUGUUGCAGAAAAGCACAUUUACAGCCUAAUGCCUUUACUUUUAGAAGCCCAGUCAACACCAUUUCAGGUCACUCCUUCAACGAUGGCAAAUAUUGUGAAAGGCCUAUACACUCUCCGACCAGAGGUGACCAGUCCCGGAAAAGAGCUGGGGAUGAGUUGGCUUAUAACAGCUCAUCAGCAUGCGCAAGUUCCAGAGGGUACAGAUAGUGAAUGUGUUGAAUGUACUUUCCCUCCCGGGAAGAGGACACACUGGAGCCGCAGAGACUAUAUCGGGAGCACAGCGGGGGGCCUGCAGCCACUCAGGAGCUCUGCCACAGUUGUUCUUGGAAGAGGAUGUUGGACUUCUUACUUUGAUUCCGUGAGGAACAGGCGUCUUGGGAAGUGACCACUGUGGAGGGAAAUCCAGCAGCGACCAUCACAGCUUCCUCCAGAAUUCUAAGAGCAGAAGAAUCUUUUUUUUUUCUUUUAAAGCACUUGUUUUGUUCGUUUGUGGAUGUGGCACUUCAGCACAUUGGCUUUCACAUACCGAGAUCUCUUUUGCUUUAAAAUGGAGCAGAUCAUUACAAUACAGUGUUUUUUACCCAUAACCCAAAACAAACCCCGUUUAAAAGAGUUGGUCUUUGUUUAGCGUUAGAAAGUCUUGUUCAAGGGAAAUGCUAACUCUGCUUCUGCCAUAACAUCUCCCCUCCCCAGUUCACAAUGGUUUUCUACCCUGUGCCUUGAGCUUUGUGCACUUUGCAACUCCGUGACCAGUUGUUCACCUCCCAGAUGCUUCCUGAAAAAGCUUGUGGGGUUGCAGACUAGCCCGCCGCGGUGUCAGGUGUGACUUGAUAGCAGGAGACUGAUGAGGACGUGGGAGAUAGAAAUGUGCUGCUCAUUGGUCAGAUUCCCCCCGCCUCGCCUGUGGCAUAUUCGUGCUCAUGUUGGGGACCAGCUCUUCCAGAACAUAUCCAUUCCCUCCGUCACUCCCCGUGACCUCCCCAGCCGCUGUGGGGGUGGCGCGACGCUCGUGUAGGGUGGGCGUCCUCCAGCACCGAAGCUCCCUUCAGAGCAGUGUGGAGACUUACCAGACGGUGACAGCCACUUGCUGUGCCACUCUGGGAAGCAGAUGCGGUUAUCACAUCUGAAUGUAAUCAGCGGUGCCUGACCCGGUUCGUUUUAAGUGGGUGAGAAGGUACUUUUAAAAAGUCUGCAGUCUGCAUCUCUUGUAGCAUUGCAUUCGGGAAUGAUGGAGACGAACUAGCACUGCUGUUGUGCAGCCUCGUCCCUGCUGUGAUACAACUGUAUUUUGGUUUUUCCCCUACACCCCCAGUGCUAUUUAGGUUCUUAUAAAAGACUCUAAAGCUUAUUCUAGUCGUUUUUGGAAGGCAAAGAAAAAUAGAUGUGGCAGGUGAAAAUAUUUUUCUUCUCAAUUUUGCUUAAAUCUCAACUGAGUAUUUGCUGGACUUUGUUCAGCUGUGUGACGCUAACGGUUACCUCUUCAGAGAACCUGGGGGAAAACCAGAUGUAUCAGGGACACUGCCACACUUCUGAUGGUCGGGUUCUUCGUGGUCUCUGCCAGUUCGCUCAGCCCUUUCUUGGGGAGCAGGCUGAGUGGGGGAGUUAGAAGUGAGGUAGUAGGAGCAAGUGGGUCAUCUGACACAAGUCCUCUGUCUGUAAAAUUACUAUCUGGAGAAGUAAACGUAAAGGUUGUCAGAUUUAUUUUUUAAGUCCUUACCAACUAGAGUUGGAUUUUGUGGAGGACCUUGAAUUGGACUCAUUUAACUCUGUGAGCAUCUUGGGUCUUACUAAUCAGCACUGAAUGCCUGCAAGAAUGUGUGUGGGCUCUCCCUGUGCCCUCUGCAGUUUGACUUGCUGCCCCAGGAGCAUUCUGGUGUCAGGGAAGAGUCCCGUUCUAUCACUGAGUCCAGACUUUUCUUUCUCAGUGGAGUGCUUGCUGCAGGCUUACAAAUAACACCUGCAACUAAAGUCUCUCCUGAGCGGUUUUCGGAAUAUUUCUGAAAGGAAUAAAAUUGGGAUGUUUCUUUAAAUGUGGAUGAAUUCUUCAUUAUCCUAAUAAUGUGCCCAAAUGCUUUUCCUGGGAGAGUGUUUCUUUGGCCCACGGGGGAACUUUCUCUGUAAAAGCAUUGUAUUAUGAUGUGAAUUGGCAUUAAAAUCUCUGGAUGCUUUUGCAUUAUUAAGUUAAUGGAGAAACAUUUUAUAGUGUCUUCUUUUUAGUCUUAUGUAUGUGUUAACAGAAAGCAGACAAAAUGUGCAAAGUUCAGCUUCUCUAGACGUUUGCACAGCGGCUGCAGCGAGCUGUGGGCCAGCGCCGGGUACCGCGAGGCCACGUGGAAGGCGCUGUGCAAAGAACACACACGCUCUCCCAGUGCGCGUGACUGGGUUGUUAACUCCUCUUGGCCCCUUGAGGUACACUGCAGUAUGAAAGACGGUCUCUUCAUUUUGACUAGAAAUCGACCUUGCUUAUGUAAUUGGGUUUCUUAACAAAAUUCCCCGUUUGCAACCUGAGACAAAAGAUUUGCCCUCCGUUUUGUAUAUUGAUGAAACACCGUUUACCAGGAAGUGUUUUCUCACGUUUACUUGUAUUCUUCUUGCCAGUACAGUAUAUAGUUUCUCCACCCCAGUUGAAUCCUGGCUUUUGUGGGGCCCGAAGCAUCGAGGACAGAAACCUGUACAUGGAUUGUCUCAUUAGCCAGCACGUGGUUGAUUCGGCAAACGUGGCCGGCGUGCGUGCCCAGCCUGGGACCAGACUCUCCCAAAGAAAGCCAGUGGGGUCACCCCAAGAUAGUGACCGGUCGACGUAAAUGAUAAUUGUCUUGAGAGAUGGUACUUACUUUAAAAGUUGGCCUUAUGCUUCAGUGUCAGUGUCCUCUGCUGUUCCCUGGUGUCACCACUGCGCCCUAACCCUAACCCGACAGGAUCUGCUUGUUUUCCAGGGAGCAGGAAGCAAAACCUGGCGUAGUGACUCCGAACAGUUCCUGGGCGGAGCUAGAAGCAGCACAGACCUGGAGGCAGGGGUUGUGCAUUAGUCAAUUCUGUGGGAAAAUUACUUUUUUCCCCCGUCCCUUUUACAGCUUUGAGGCAUGGGGUGAAUACUGACCGGUGAGGAAGAUUUGGGGGGUGGGGGGGCAGGGGCCCAGGGCCGUGCGUGCUGCGUGUGCAUCUCCAGUGCGACAGCCCCCAAGGAGCUGCCACUCCCCUCACUGCAAACGCCACGCUUUCUUUCGGGCUGCAAAUUUGCACACGUGAAUUCCUCAGGAAGAGUUUGCACACGCAUCACCUCGCACUAUUCUGUACUGACCGAACAAGGGAUUGGAAAGUUUUUUGGCACGAAAGGAGAACUUCAGAGUGGUGGUCCGUGUGCACGGUCCCGCAGAGGUGAUGGUGGUCCGGCAGAUGCGGGCUGCAGUUGCAGAAUGAGCAGGAGGACGUGUGUCCUCGUGUCUCCAUAAGCCUGUUUAGUCUCCAGAGUGGCCCUUCCAGGUUUUGUCCUUCCUUAUCAAGACCAGCUACAUUUUCUUCUGUUUUCUUCGUUUUAUGGCAGUUAAUUAUUUCGAUGAUAAUUAUAGAGGCAUUUGCCGUUGAGCUAAAAUUCAGUUGUUUAAUAAGCAGCUAUUAACUGAACCUUGUUUUAUGAAUAUACACUAAUCUGAGAUCUUAAAAAAAAUUUAAAAAGCUGCAUUAGGUCUCCAGUCAGUUUGGAUGUUUUGAGUUGAUUUUUUUAAUAGUGUCUCAUUGUGCUUCAGAGUAUUAUGUUUACUUUACUCCAGAUCUAGGGCUCUUAAGAGGACUUUAAAAUUCAAGAUCAGAAUGUGAAUCCCUUGAGUGACACCUUGGAGAGGUUUAUAGGACCUUUUUGGUUAUGAUUGCAGUUUGCAAUAAGCUCGCAAUGAAGUUCAUGUUUAUCAGAAGUUAAAAUAGAAGUUAUAGGAGUUCUUGGAGUAAUGGCUCGCUUGUUACUUUCUCUACCUUGUUGCUGUUUGCCCCAGUUUCUGGCCACCAGAAUCAAUGGCAGGACCCCUGUUCUUUUUCAAGGGUAGUGAUUCCUGUUUUGUCCCCACUGUCGAUUAACCAGGUCACUGACACUUUCCCUCCUCCCCUGGUCAGGACCCUAUUUUGAACUUCUUUCCAGAGCCCAGUGGCACAAGUCCGUACACUGUUUCUGCCGAUGUCGGUGGUGUGGCUGUGGGAGAAGUAGAAUCGUCAUUCAGAGGCACGUUCUUGACCUCAGUACACUCUGUAUCCCUGCUGGGCGGAAAUUUCUCUUCAUUUCUGGUUGGACUGCAUUGUUUCGAAAAAUGUUAAUGGCUUAUAAUUCUACGAAAUUAUAUAGAGUGGCUCUGGGGUAAAUUUUGUGAUUUGAAAAAAAUAUUUUGUAUUGAUUCUCACAUGUCAUUUCAACAUGGUGACGAUGUACUAAAUGCAAUAGGACUGUCGAUAUUCUCUUAGAAGUUGUGUUUUGUUAAACAGAUGGCAAUUUAAUUGCUCUCAUCAGCCCUGUUUGUCGAUAUUACAGCCAUGCGUUUCAGGACAAAUGAUUCAGAUGUGAAGUUGUGGGGAACGGUGGCUGGAAAGAGGACGGGAGGUCAGAGGCAGACAGGAGGCUCUUGCCACCCACCGGCACGGCCAGCGCCAGGAAGAGGCAGUGGUCUGGUGCCUGGUGGUGCGUAUUUGUUGGAAAGCCUGGUGGAGCUCAGCGCAGGGUGUUCUGUACGUCAGCUCUUCUGUUAAUCUAAGAAUAACAAAAUGGUGAAUGAAAUUCUUAUUGAUUGGGGAUUUAAGCCACUGACUUUGGCUCUGACCUUUAACUCUGGAUGGAUCACUCCUCUGUAUUAGGGUGUAUUACCAUUCCUCUAAGACAUUGUGGUUAAUUAAAUAAAUCUUGUACAGAUGUCCUCA